AUGGGGACUCAGCUCAAAUUUGAAGACAUCUCCUGGUUCCGCGGUCAAUCAAACAGCCCGUUCAAAGUCUGCCGGGCGAGCGGUAAAUGCAAGGCCGAAAGGCCGACGACCUGUGAUUUCCCUUGGCCGAAAGUGCUGUCAAGGGUGGAAGCCCCGGUGGAAGAAUGUGUCGGAACAGACAUGUCAUACGGCGGUGAGCCUGUUGAUUUCCCUGAGGAUUGUGGCCGUCCUGGGGGGGGUGCAUUCAUUUGCCACUUCUGGGACGCAAUCGCAAAUAAAAACCUGCGCAUGUGUUUCAGGUACGGUAUUGAAGUCGACGAAUCCUUUGAAGAUGUGCAAAAUGCGCUGCAGGAGUACCAUCCAGAGUUGCUAUACUGCGGUCUGAAUCAUGCCUGCCACAGUUAA